CACAUCCUCAAAAUAGGACACCCUUUUAAAAACAGAUGAGGAGGAAUUUCUUUAGCCAAAGGGUUGUGAAUCUGUGGAAUUUAUUGCCAUAGAUCACUGUAGAGGCAAGGUCAUUGGGCAUAUUAAAGAGAAGGUUGAUAGGUCCUUAAUUGUCAGGAUGUCAAAGGUUAUGGGGAGAAGGCAGGAGAAUGGGAUUGAGUGGAAAAAUACAGUCAGUGGCCAAGUUUAUUAGGUACAUCAAUCAUAAGGCAGCAACUCAGUGCAUAAAAGGUUGCAGACGGUGACAAGAGGUUCAGUUGUUGUUCAGACUAAACAUCAGAAUGGGGAAGAAAUGUGAUCUAAGUGACUUUCACCUUGCAGUGAUUGUUGGUGCCAGACAGGGUGGUUUGAAUAUCUCAAAAAUUGCCGAUCUCCUGCAAUUUGCACACACAACAAUUUCUAGAGUUUACAGAGAAUGGUGCAGAAAACAAAAAGCAUCUGGUGAGCUGUAGUUCUGUGGGCAAAAACGCUUUGUUGAUGACAGAAUGGCCAGACUGGGUCAAGGUGACAGGAAGGCAACAAUAACUCCAAAAAACCUGCAUUACAACAGUGGUGUGCAGAAGACCAUCUCUGAAUGUACAACACAUCAAGCGUUGAAGAUGUUUAGGCUACAGCAGCAGAUCACACUGGGUUCCACGCCUGUAUCUAAUAAAGUGGCCACUAAGUGUACAUCAGCCGUGAUCGAACAGCAGAGAGACCUGAGGGGCCCUCUGCUACUAUGUGUUAUGUUGUUGAGGGUGAAACCCUCUGAUGAUUGUGCAGUUGUACGUCAGAGCUGCAGCAGCUCCUCCUCCUCCUUACUGAUUUUUUUUCCCACAAACAUGCAUCACGGGCAAGGCCUGCUUUUGUAUCUCAUGCCUAAUUGCCUCUGAGAAGGCGAUGAGGCACCAUCUCCUUGUUGACUAAAAUCAAGAAAAGUAGAUGAGGGUAGGGCAGUAGAUGUUACUACCCUACAGAGAUAGUAAAAACAGCCAAGAGGAUCACUGGGGUCUCACUUCCCCAUCCCCAUUUGUGUAUUUGUUGUAGAUGAAGGGCAUUGUUGUUGAAGAUCCUUACCACCCAUUCCACAAUCUCUUUGACCCAUUACUCUCAUGAAAGAGGUACAGAAGCAUCAGGACCAAGGCUGCCAGACUGGGUCACAGCUUUUUCCCUCAGGCUGUGAGACCAAUAAAUACCCUACCACCAUCGUUCUUAUCACUAGCAAGUUGUUUACUGUUUACCCUGUGCUACACACUAUGUGCAUUUUGAAUGAUAUUUUAAUAACUUAUUUGUGGUAAUAUUUUGCUUUAUGUUACACACACAAAUGCUGGAGAAAUUCAGCAGGUCAGGAAGCAACUGUGGAAUUGAAUAAACAGUUGACGAUUCAGGCCGAGACCCUUCAUCCGGACUGGAAAGGAAGGGGGAAGAUGCCAGAGUUAAAAGAUUGUCCAGAUGAUAACUGUUCCGACAGCAGUAGUGAACACGUAGGAAAGCCACAGGAUUCUCUGUAUGUUACAGAUAACAUAUGCCAGGGCCUGAAGAAGCAAGUUUCUGGGAUGCGGCGCUUACUGGACAACAGAGUGAACUGUGUGAGGAUCCAUCAGCCCUUGAUGCAGAGCAGAGGAAAGGAGAAGCGGGAACCAGAGGCUCGUGAGUUAACGUGGCUCCAACGCAGCACAGGUCUGCACAAUGCCCAUCGUGAUGAACCACAUUCGUCCCAGAGUGUUGUCUGGAAGGAUAUCCAGGUUCAGCCACAUGACACUUUUGUUUCGGGGGGAUACAGUGGGGAAGGCAGCCGGUCAUCCAAACCAAUCAUCGAUGCAAGUACUGAAAGAAUUCAAGGCAUCUUGGAAAGCAACGGGGAGAUGCCUUAUUCUGCAAUGGGGUCUAACUGUUGUAUGUGCAAUUGUCAGCCAACAUUGCUAGCAAUACUACAGGAACUCCGGACGCUGCGAGAGCUGAUGCAAGCACAAGCAGGUCCUCAGAAUGCUGUUCAUAUGACAUCUACCCACACAAAUCCAUUCCGAUCAACUUUGCUACGGAAUAAAAUCAUUAAAAAAAGACUGAUCCACAGGCUGCGGCCUGUUCCGGCUCAGCCCAGUCGGAAGUUUCACAGUCAGAAUGUCAACGUGCCACAGGCAGAGAAGAACCACACAUUGUCCACGGAGAGGUUGAACACAGACAUGAACCCAAGACAUGUCCCACCAGGCCGGGGAGAGAGCUGUAUUCCAGAAAUGGAAAGCAUGCACAACAGUGAUCUUUUAGAGCCUGAAGUCCGACUCGCAGAUGGUUAUGACGUGUUCAUUCCCAAGUCACAGCUUGAGUCCAUAUUGCUCAAUUACUCCCGCACUGGAAGUCUGCUUUUUCGGAAACUUGUCUCCGCGUUUUUUGAUGAUCGAACGUUGGCGAAUUCUCUUCCAAAUGGGAAAAGGAAACGAGGGGCCAAUGACAACAGGAAAGGUCUGGAUCAAAAUAUCGUGGGAGCAAUAAAAGUUUUCACAGAGAAAUACUGCACGUUAAAUCAAAUUGACCGAGUUCCCGGACCAAAGGAUUGGAUACAGAUUCUCCAGGAUCAAAUUAAGCUGGCAAGAAAGCGCUUAAAAAGAGGUUCCGUUCUAGAGCCAUUUGAAUCCAGUGGGAAGAUUGGAACCAGUUUCAUCAUAAGUACUGGAGGAGGCAGUAAUGCGGCCAGUUCGAGUAACGUAUGGAAUGAUUCAGAGGCACUCCGAGCAGUUCAGAUGUGAUGUUUGGACAGCUGCCUUUUCUCCAAUGAAACAUGGUCAAUGGAGCAGCUAGUUCACAGUCAACCCUUUACAUUCAGAUUCAUUUUCUCUCUUUCAUCUGUCAGCUUCUAAAUCAGUUGUGAUGUUCCUUUAUUAAUCCUUUAUUCAUUUAGCUUCCAAGUUGACCAUAAUAAUUCCUCUGAUGAAGAUUCCUGUUGCUCGAAACACCAAUUUGGGUUGCUGUUUCAUACAGUGCAGACACGGGCCCUUCAGUCCAACUCAUCCGUGCUGACCAAGUUGCCAAGUCCCAAUUGCCUACAUUUGCCCCUUAUCCCUUUAAGCCAGGGGUUCCCAACCUGGGGUCCAUGGACCCCUAGGUUACUGAUACUGGUCUGUGGCAUAAAGUAGUUGGGAAACCCUGCUUUAGGAAAGGCUUGUCCUCCUUCCAAUUCCUGCCACCUUAUUCUGACUCCUUUGCAGUCCUGAAGAAGGAACUAGGCUUCAAAAUGUUGACUGUUUAUUCUCUUCAUGGAUGCUGCCUGACCUGCUGAGUUCCUCUGGCAUUUUGUGUGUGACACAACAUAGAUUUUUGAAUGUUUUGGAAGUGCAUUAACAAUCAACACAACCUAAGGAUAUGCUGGGGGCAGUCUGCAAGUGUGGCCACACAUUCUGGCACCAACACAGCAUACCCACAACGCUCAGCAGAACAGCAACAAAACAUGACAACAGCAAAUCAAGCUCCUUACCCACCCACCCACUGACAUACACAGAUAUCCCUCAAACCAAGGUUGCAUCCUCUUCAAUGUUCAAGUUGUUACAGGGAUCCCUUUGAACAUUGAACGCUACAGCACAGUACAACCCCUUCAGUCCACAAUGUCAUGCCAACCUUGUAAACUACACCAAAAGCCAUCUAACCCUUCCCUCCCACAUAGCCAUCUAUUUUUCAUUCUGCUGUGUGCCUAUCUUAAGAGUAUCUUAAAUGCCCCUAAUGUAUCUACUUCUAUCACCACUCCUGGCAGGUUCUCCAUGCACCCACCACUCUCUGUGUGAAACAUCUUUCCUCUGACAUCCCCUCCCGCCUAUGCUUUCCUCCAAUCACCUUAAAAAUAUGCCCUUUUCUAUUAGCCGCUUCCACCCUGGGCAAAAGUCUCUGGCUGUCCACUCUGUCUAUGCCUCUUACCAUCUUGCACACUUCUAUCAAGUCACCUCUUAUCCUUCUUCACUCCAAAGAGAAAAGCCCUAACUAGCUCAACCUAUCUUCAUAAGACAUGUUCUCUAAUCCAGACAGCAUCCUGGUAAAACUCCUCUGCAGCCUCUCUAAAGCUUCUACAUCGUUCCUAUAGUGAAGCGACCAAAACUAAACACAAUAUUCCAAGUGUGGUCUAACCAGAGAUUUAUAGAGCUGUGAUAAUACCUCAUGGCUCUUGAACUCAACUCCCUGACUAAAGAAGGCCAAUAUGCCAUAUACUUUCUUAAUCACCCUACCAACUUGCAUGGCAACUGUGAGGAAUCUACGGACGUGGACCCCAAGACCCCUCUGUUCCGCACACUGUCAAGAAUCUGGCCAUUGACCCUGUACUCUGGACUUUGGUAUAAUUUGGAAUCUUCUGUGAACUGCAGAAGAGGAACAGUUAUUAUCUUUGUUAGAUAUUUGAUCACCAAUGAUAACAUGGUGGGGUCAGGGUAGGCAGUUAAGUGCAAGUCAUUGACUAACCGAACAAGCUUGCAAAGUUAAACAGCUCGCUCCAUUAUUGUGCUCCUGCAACACCCCCAUCCUGAGGGGGAUGUUAUCUUCCCCAUUUAGGUAUUUAUUUUUAUUUAGAGAUCCAGUGCGGAACAGUCCCUUCUGCCCCAAAGAGCUGCACUACCCAGUAACUAGUUAACUCUACCCUAAUCACUGGAGAAUUACAAUGACCAAUGAACCUACUAACUGUUACGUCUUUGGACUGUGGGAGGAUGCGGGAGCACUGAAGAAAACCCAUGCAGUUAUGGAGAGAACAUAUAAAUCCAUGAAGAGUGCCAGAAUUCAACCCUGCAUUCUAGCUGUAAUUACUACUACAACUACGCCCAGUUAGAUAAUUGUAUACAGUAUAAUGGAAGAUGGGGGUGGUGGGUCAAGGUGAAGGCAGUAAGGCUGACGGAACAAUCUUACAAAGUUAAACAGCUCACUCCAUUAUUGUGCCCCUGCAACCUGAGAGGAAUGUUAUCUUAACUUCACCACUUAGUUAUCAGAUUAGCAUAAUCAUUUAAAAGAAUGCUUCUUUCAGCAGAGAUUUACUUUUGCUUGUCACGUCUGUGAAUUGUUCAGUGGUCUUUAAAUGAAGAAACUGUGAUAAAUGUGAAGUUUUAAUAGCAGAGGCAGUAUUAUGCAAUUACUACUGGCCCAAAUUAGUACUUAAUCCAGCUCCUUUUAGUUACCCGCAACACUGAAGUAAAAAUGGGUGUAUAUCCCUGUUGGUGAUAUUGGUACUCUCAGAUUAGACACAAAGAUGCUGUUAACAAGAGGGAUUGCUUUACAGAUUGAUUUUACUAGCUAGUUCAAGAACAUAAUUGUGCAAUUAACAACUUAGUUCAGAAAUAAUUUAUAAUUGAUUUUGUUUUAGAGGCUUCUUUACUAAUUGUUAGUUUUUAAAAUUGAAUAAUUAAUUUUUUAAAAAAUAUCCUCAUUUUAUAAGAUCAUUGAGGAAUGUAAAUAAUUUGGAUUUUUAUUAGAAAUUGUGCAAUUAGUUAAACCUGGAGCAAAAAAGUACUGUAAUAUAUUGUCAGUUACAAUUGUUUUAACAUGUAACACUUGUAUUCAUCUUUGUAAUAAAAGUUGCUA